AUCUGUACACACUGGGUGUGCACAUGCAUAAUCUUGGCAGGCUGGUGAGGCUGGAGGAUGAUUGCAGUGUGGGAUUCUGUUGAGGAUUCUUGUCUCUUUUUCAUGAGAGAAAUAAGUUUACAAAAGGCAAAAUGAAACCCUACUUCUUAAUGGUAUUUUAAAGAAAGGAAUUAUCGGCGGCAUGUGUUGUUCCGGGAAACGAGCUGAAGCCCGGUCACCUUUAAGGAGCUUAGAGGCCGGAUUUGGGUGCCAAGAUGUGGUUCGAGAUUCUCCCUGAGGUCGCCACCAUGGGCGUGUGCUUGGUCAUUCCCAGACUGGCCACUGCGUACAUGCACAAGUUUAUCAACGGGGACAAGGAAAAGAGGGUUGCCCAUUUUACGUAUCAGUGGCGUUUGAUGGAAAGAGAAUGGCACAUCUCUGGAGUUAAUUGUCACUAUGUGUCAAAGGGUUUGGAGAACAUUGAUUAAGAAAGCAGUUUCCUGAUGGAUGAAAAAUAACUCAGUUAUGAUCAUCUACCCCAUGCUAGAAGGUUUAUACCUGUGUUAUGUAGCAUGCAGCAUAUUCUGUAAUUGUACUGAAUAAAACUAAAAUGAAAAAGAAAAAGAAAAAAAGAGAAAGGAAGGAAUUAUCCAACACAUAAAAAUGUCUUGCCCAUGGCAGAGGGCUGAAUAAAUUGCUAUUCAUUCAUUCAUUUCAAAAUGAUCAUUGAAAGCUCAAACUUUCCUUCUUUCCUAUCCUGAAAACCAUAGAAA